GGGCGCCGUGCUGCGCGAGGCCGGCGCCGCCCUGGCUGCGCACGAGCGGGUGCGGGCGCUGGCGGCGCAGGAGCGGGUGCAGGCGGCGCUCGGGGCGGUGGAGGCGCUUCGCGCGCAGCUGCGCGAGGGCGGCGCGGCGCGCGAGCAGGCGCGUGAGGCGUGGCAGGUGUACAGCGCGUACCUCCACGACGGCGCCAGCGAUUUUGCCGAGGCGUCCCUUCGGGCCGCCGAGCGGCGCGUGCCCGAGCUCGAGGGGCUGGUCGGCGACGGCCCGCUCAGCUUCGCUCUGCUGCUGCUCUGGGCUGCGGCCGUCGCCGGCGUCCUCGCGGCCGCCGCCGCAGGGCUGGCGCGGCUCGCGCGGAGGUGCCUGCGGCUCGCGGCCGGCGCUGCCGCCGUGGUGCUCCGGCCCGGCCUCUGGGUGCUGGCCCUGCCCCUGCGGCUGUGCGGGAGGAGGGGGGGCAGGUCCCUGGCGAAGGGCCCCUCGCCGGGCCAGCCCUCGGAGAGGACGAAGCAGGACUGACUGGGAGGUUGCGUUCGACAAGGCCUUCGGCCUGGCCGUCGAGGCGGGCAUGACGGUGGUGCGGCCUGACCCGUGCGGGCCGUCGGAGGCCAAGGCGUUCGCAGACGAGAGGCAGCAUGAGGAGCGCAGGGGCACGCGCAGGCCUGCCGGGACCGCCUCGAGGACCUCAAGGCCGACCCCGAAGAGCGGGACCGACAUCGCCGCGCUGCUAAAGGGCCUCCAGGACGCGAUGACUGCGACCACGGCAGUCGAGCGAGCCGCAGAGCAGGAGGCGGAGGCCGAGGCGACCAGCAUCGAUGGCGAGCUGUCCAGGCUGCUCGGCAGGGCGCGGUGCGAGGCCGCCGAAGAGGCCAGGAAGCGCGUGGCCAGGGAGGUCGAGGCCCGCCUGGCCACGUUCCAGGCGGCGCAGAGCAGGCGGCAGGCGGCCAGGGCGGCGCUGGCCGGAAAGGCGACUUCGUCGACGACGGCAGAGUCCGAGGAGAGCCUCGAGCAGACCAUGCAGUGCCGCGAGAAGCUGGCCAGGGCCUGGGAGGAAGCUGGCCGAGCUUGCGGAGAAGCGGUCAAACCCACAGAGGAGGAAAUGGAGGGAGGAGAAGGAUGGAUGUCUUGGCUGUUCACCUGGCCCUUCGCUCUUCUGGUCGUGUUUUGGCUGCACGUGGCGCCGCUGGCGCUUGCGUUUCCCAUCAGCUCGCUCGCGUUCGGCAGCUCGUUCGUGUGGCGCGGGCUGGCGUUCUACAUGCUGGCCCGGGUGAUCCUGCACGGGUUCCUUUGGCUCGAGGGUGCGAUCAUAGAGCAGAGGAAGUGGGUGACGGAGAACAGAAAGUGGGCCAAGACAACCUGGAAAGCGAACAAGAAGUGGCUGGUGCGAGCGUCGAUGUUCACCUCGAUGUUGAUCGCGGCCAGCGUGAUUUUUGCCCCCUGACGCGGGCGGGCUAGCUUGGGGUGUUUCGUCCAGAUCGUCACUUUCAGAGACGCCUCCCCUGCCCCUCGCGCGAGUGUGGCCAGCCUUGCCUCGGGAAGGGGAGGAGGAGGAGGAGAAG